AUGAUCGUGCUCCUGAGUGAGCUCAAGCGCGAGUGGCAGUGGGCUUUGCACACUGAUAUUAUUGUUCCUGACGUCGCUACGAUCGUGCGACUGGCAUCGACGAGCAAGUCCAUCUUCGAUAUCACCACUGCCCUCCGAAGGUGCAAAGAAGAGCCAUUGAGAGCAGCAGAUCUAGGAGCGCUGAUGAACAUCACGCAUCUGUUUAAAUCCACAGACCCACGCGAUAAGAUAUAUGCUCUCCCCGGUCUUACGGACGCCCAUACCCUAACGCACAUUCAGCCAGACUACCGCAAAUCCGUAGCCGAUGUAUACCGCGGUACAUUCACCUAUCUCUACGCACGACACGGCGACCUGAGAGAUUUCUCGUGGAUCACAGUGAAUAAUCCAGACCUAUGGGCUGAUAAUGUCGAUUCUGUCGAGAAUGGUGAAAGCAAGGCCAGGAAGCCUCGGAAGAUAUACUCCACGGGAGACCCAGUUCUCGCAGGCCCACCCUCUAUUGUGAAAGUCAGGUUCUCGGACGACAAGAUGACUCCUCCUGGCGUUCAAGUUGAUACGACCAUGCAAAUCGACACGGACUUGAUGGUUUAUUAUUUGAACGAGUAUUCCAAAAACUAUGAUAGAAUGCCAAUUGUCCCGCAAAUUGUUCAGAAACUUCGAGCAGAGGCCGAAGCCAGUGCGAGUGCAGACGGAGGAGGUACGGACGCUGACCUUGAGCCCUACAUCAUCCGUGGAAGACCCGAGUCUCGUUCCGCAUUCUACAGAGUUCUCCUCUCAGACUGCCAAAUGCCGUUCAUUGACCCCCAUUCUGUCUCAUUUCUUCGUCUGCCAAAAUUUGAACCGGUAUUUUUGCCUGUACGCAUCCCACCAACGUCAGCCGAGGAGGUCGAUACCCUCUUACGCUCCAUGCCGGAAGUACAGAGCUUGUUCCAUGGUCUGUAUCUUGCUGUGACGACCAAGGAGCAUGUAGGGAUCUUUCCGCGCAUGGCGGACAUUGGAGAUUGGACGUGUGUGCUUGUGGGUGGGGAAAUGCCUUUUGUGUUGCGACAGAUGGAGGAUGGCCACUUUAGAAUGAUUGGAGAGUGUUUUCUGCAUGGAAUUAUGGAUGGUGAAGUCAGGGCAAAGGUAAGAAGGAAAGAAGUGCUUCAAGAUAUCGUUGUGCGAUGA